GCAUUGUCGUGGUCUUGCACAGUUUGCAGCAACAAUGCCCCCAAAAAAGGCCAGGAGUAAGAGUCAGACCAAGUCCAAGCCGAAGUCAGUCAAGAAAUCAGGAUGUUCUUGCACAGAUGAUAACAUGUCUGCAGAAGUCGGUUUCCAUGAUUUUUCUGCUACAGAAAUCUCUCAGAUGCGUCAAAAUCUUUUGUCUUGGUAUGACAAGAAAAAGCGUGACCUGCCCUGGAGAAAUAUAACAACAGAGGAUGUUAAUCAGCGUGCAUAUGCUGUGUGGGUUUCAGAAAUAAUGCUGCAGCAGACACGAGUUGCCACAGUUAUCAACUACUACAACAGAUGGAUGAAGAAAUGGCCUACAAUUCAAGCUUUAGCUUCAGCUGACAGCGAGAGUGUGAAUGAUGCCUGGGCUGGUUUGGGCUACUACUCAAGAGGACAGCGUUUGUUGGAUGGUGCUAAGAAGGUUGUUGAGGAAUUGGAUUCUCAGGUACCCCAAACAGCUCAGGAUUUGGAAAAGCAGUUGCCAGGUGUGGGGCGUUACACAGCAGGGGCCAUUGCGUCCAUUGCAUUUGGCCAGGCAACUGGCCUCGUAGAUGGUAAUGUCAUACGAGUCUUGUCGCGUCUUCGCAUGAUUGGCGGGAACAUCAAGCAACCAAAUGUGGUGGAUGCAUUUUGGUCUCUUGCAAACAAAUUGGUGGACCCGGAUAGGCCUGGCGACUUCAACCAAUCUAUGAUGGAGCUUGGGGCAACAGUUUGCACCCCAACGACCCCUGCAUGUGAGCAGUGCCCUGUGAAAUCCCUUUGUCGAGCGUACUCAAAGGUAGAGAGACUGAAGAAGUCGUCCUCUUUGAAACUUUGUACCUCUCCCAAGGUGAAGGAUGAGAAACCAGCUCUUGUUGAUAUUGAAUGUUUGGUGCCUGACUGCAAGCUAUGUCUUCCUGCUGGUGAGCCGUGGAAGAAAGAAUUAGGUGUCACGAAUUUUCCCCGCAAACCAAAGAAAGGCUCUGUUAGACAAGAGACUCUGAAUGUGGUGCUACUUUGUAAUAAAACAAACUCAGACUCUACACAGCAAUACCUGAUUUGUAAAAGACCAAAGAAAGGUUUGUUGGCUGGUCUUUGGGAAUUUCCAAAUCAGAUAGACGAAAAUGGUAGACAAGACGUAAUCCCUUUUGUGGCAAGCUUGUUGAACAUGUCUCAGGAAAAUAUCCAAGGCCUGCAGCUUCUUGGUGGGGUGAGCCAUCAGUUCUCCCACAUCCGCCACAUGUAUAAAGUGUGGUCAGCCCACGUGUCCCUGACUCCGUCUCAGACUGACCAGUGUGUGGAGGAGUGCACUGACCGUCCACUCAAGUGGAUGACAAACGAGCAACUGAAGGGCAUGGCCAUCCCCACAGGAAUGCUCAAGGUAUUUGACAAAUUUAAAGAGAUGCAAGAUGAAGAAUCCAAGAAGGCGAGUAAAAGAAAGAACGGUGACCAGGAUGACGUCAUUGUACAAGAGCCGAAAAAGUCGCAGAGAGCCAUCUCAGACUUCUUCAAGCAAAGACACACAUGAAGAGUAAGCGGAGCUGUUCAUUAAAAAAUUGUUGAUUUGUUUAGUUUUUUAUAAACCCACACUCAGCGUGAUACCUCAGCCUUGAUUGUUCUCCGAUACUGUUUCCCAAGUAUUUGAUAUUUUUAUUUUUAUAUUACCACCGAACUACAGUCUCAAACAAUUCAAAAUAUUGCUAUUGAUUUUUCAUACCAUUAAAGUUGUUUGUAUAUAAAUGGCUCUUAUAAAACAUGUAAAAUUUAUGGAUUUGCUUUUAUUGAAUUUACAGACAUUGUUUAAUGCCCUGGUUACACGCAACAAUAAAUUGUACAAAAACUGGAAGAUCUAUCAAUCAUGAGACAAAUCGUCAGGUGUAACCACAAAACUGUACAAAGUUUGGAUGAUUGGACAACGGCCUGGAGACUCGGUCGAGAAAUCAAGGGCUGCUUGAUAUUUUCCGUGCGAUCACGGUCAGAUUUGGGGGAGACGCGCUGUGACGUAGAAUCACUUAAAAAUUUGUCGCCGUGCAGGAUUAAACUUAGGACUCAAAAUUUUGAAAAUAAUUAUCGCUGGUAAAAACUGAUUACAUCUCGGAAUCAGCGUCUCAAAAUAAGCAAAGUUGCUCACUGAGAACCUGAUUUGAUGUGUUAUUAUGUAAAUUUUAGCAAUUUUAUUAUUUAAUUGAUCGUCAGUGGUGAAGUUGCGUACCAAAGUCACCCGGUGCAUUGCACAUCUGCAGUCAAGUCAAUGACUAGGAAUGUCCCUGAUGGAAAGAAAACUGGACGAUAGAUUGGAACUUCUAAACAGACUACACAGCUCGGUAAAACAGACAGUUCUCGCUUACGACGAAUCUGACUCAAUUUAUAAUUGCGUGUAACUGGGGCUUAAGACUUUGCUAUCAGCGAAUUUUAUACAUAUAUAUGAGUUCAUAAAAUGCAUAUUCUCUGAACUACUAACUUACAAAGUCAGGGCUUGAUGACACUGAAAGCAAUUACUUCAUAUAUACAGUCAAACACGGGUAACUUGAAUUCAUCGGGGAUUGGAAAUAGUGUUCGAGAUUUCCGUAAUUCGUCAUGUUCGUGAAAGCCCCAAAUACAAAGAAAUAGAGAGAAAAUCAAGGGAAGUUAAAAAAGAACAUGUCAUCUCCCCUGAUGAACGUGUUGACGAUGUGAAAGGAAGAAGAUGAAUGAAAGUGGAAAGCAGAAAAUCUCACAUUCCUUUCCUCUCAUUUCAUUGGCUUACAGAAAGUUACACCUCUUGCCAUCUGCCCACAGCAUGAUUUCAUGCCUGGCGAGUAGGGCUGGGAUUACAUGGGUAAUUUGAUACUCGGGUAAUGAAAAAAGUACCCGAGUAUCCGUCGGGUACCUGACAUUUCAAUUAUCAUAUGCUGUUUCUGUACUGCUCUGCCUGCUUGCUUUAAGAGGCUUGACGCUGAAGACCUGUCAGUGUUUAAUAUGCUUUUGUAGAUGUUGCAGGAGGCACUUUUUUUGUCUUUUAUUUUCUCACAGUAAUCCCAAGUGUAUGACUUUCUUUGAAACAUCUUGAUAGAGACUAUGCUUAAAUGACAAAGCCAAAGCUAUAAUUUAAACCCUUUUACUUCACGUUAUUCUUAGAAAAUUUCCGCUUCUCCGUUGGAUUCUUAGAACUGCACACUAGUUGCUUCCAAGGAUAUUGAAAUUGAAACUAUUGGCCUGCUCUAACAAAGUAUCCGAUCAAUUCUUGGAAACAUUCUAAGCAUUCUUACAACAUGCCCAAAUGUGGCGUUUUUGUGGUCUGCUGUUUUCCAGGCAAAGGAGGUACGAGAAGUGGUGGGCAUAAGUUGAUAUUGGCCAAUAAUUGACUAAGAGAGAUCAGUACGGACAAGUACUCAGUAUUUAUUAAGGUUCGAAUGAAGGGACGUAAUUUUUAAAGUGCAUUUGCAUAGCAUUAAUGAAGGGGAGUAGAAAACCUGGGUACCCGACACCAAUACCCGGGUAGCCAGUUUUGUGCUCUUUACCUGGGUGCUCACCCAGCCCUAGCGGUGAGCCAGUCAUGCGAUGCGUCCAGCAUCAGUCCUCAAACCCAUUUCCCCAUCCCCCCUUCCUCCAGCCUCUCGUGGUGAGACAAGGACCACGUUUUGGCUGUAGCAAUAACAAAGAAAUUCCUAUCCGUGGCUGUAAAGUUGAGAAUGUGAAAUGGAUUUGCUCGAGAUUCGAGUGUUGCGUGUUUGGGAACUCCGUGAACCAUGAAGUUGAUGCAAAGAAAAUAUGGGACUGAAACGGGACCAAGCAUUUUAUGUUCGCAAUACCCGAUAAUUCGUGAUUUUCGUGUUUGAGAUUUGUGGACUUUGGGGUAUGUGGGCUUCUGAAACCAGCGUAAAUUUACUGCCACUGGGAUAUUGUUAUCCUAUCAAUGGAGAAUUUGAUGGCUUUAGAUUUGUACUAAAAAUUCAAACAAGUAUAUCAAGUUGAAUAGUUCUUUACCUUGGUCACAAAGUGUGGUACGGUAGUCUCCGCCUAAGUGCAUAGUUCUCGGUAAGGCCCCUUUGUGUGUGUUUUUACGGAGUGUGCGUUUUCAUGAACCUGUGCAAAGGGAGGAAGGGACACAAUUAUCUCAUUUUCUUGCUAUUUUAGUGACCUCCCUUGGGGGGAGGGGGGUCAAUUUGGCUGAUAAUAUGACGACACGUGACUGUUUUGUGAUGGACUCCCUGACUAUGGUUAUGAAUUAUGAAUACAAAGGCGUUGAAUGGGGGGGGGGGGGGGCAGAAAGACGGACUCACUGUACUGAUAUGCACUAUAAAAUGUCGGGAACAGAUAAGAGAAAACUGUUCGUGAUGAUAGAUCUAGUCAUAGAGAAAAGCUCUCCGCCAAGCGGCUUUCUAAGCCACCAAUUCGGACUUACUGUCAUCUAGUGCAACCCAGUAAAUGCAUGGAUGACAUCAGACUUUUUUCUUGUGGUUUGUUGAAUAAGUUCUUCGAGCUCAGCUGAUUACUUUACUAAUUUUUAAUUAGAGUAAGAGACCUAUCCAGUGUUUACAGCGUUCAUGCGUGGUGCGCAUCAUAGACUUAACUAAACAUUACGCAGUCACUCAAACACCUGUCAGAAACCUUCUCUCAAAGAUGCAUUUCGAGGGACCAAUCAGAAGACAUUUAUCUACCCCUCCUCAACAUAUCACCCGACCGGUCCUAGACCAAUGUGUCCGUGGAAAGUUGGGCGCAAAAUCUCUGUCCAUCGCUCUCUUUAUUCUGUGUGAGGGCCAGUCUCACCACAUACAGGUACAUCCUGUUGUGUAGGCUUGUCUUGUGCAAGUUGUAGCGAAAAUUUCCCCUUAUCUAGCUUUAGGCUACCUGUUGGCGUGUUUUGCGGAUCGAAACAUACAUUUAGAAGUGACUGCGUUUGUACAUCUAAAUUAUACAGUAGUACCUGUCAUAUGACGAAGGCGUGUGUUUAAGCGGAGACUACUGUACUCAGUUCUUUAAAUUGUCUUUUCUCACAAAGAGUGCUCCUGUCCUUUGAAUCUUGCUAUUGAUUCAUCAACAAUGUUAAAAGAUGUCUGCGGACAUGUAGGUCCCGUGAUAACUACCAAUGGCUGAAUCUUAGCUAAAGGCAAGAUCGUAGUUGUCUUGUCCGUUUGAAAUCCAGGCUGCAUUAUCCAUGAAAUACAAAGAUGUUUGUAUCAUCUGGUACCCGUGACGACUCAUAACAAGUCAGAAUUUCGUCUCCUCGAGCCAAAAGCUUGUCCAAUGAUCUUGUGAAGGUGGUCUUGGGUAUAGCCCAUAGAUUUAUACUUGUAGGCCAGAUAAUAGAUACAGAACGCCUCUCUCUCGCCUUGCUAUGCCAUGGCCCCAUUCGAUAGUGGCAUCCGCGAUGUUUGAGUUGGCCAGCUGUGUGAAGGAGUUCAUGCUGAAGCAGUGGGCAAGGCUUGCUUUCUCUCUCUCUCAUAAUGUAUGCAAUAGGCGAGGCUUGGCCCUUGUUGAUUUAUUUUUUUUAACAUGGGCGCCGUGGCGUACUAUUGCUAGAUAAAAAUACAGCGUACUUUUUACUAAUAAAUGUAUUAUUAAUUAAAAGAUAGAGAUAGGCUUUAAAACAAACAAAAAAUAACAACAAAACAACUUUAUUUCUUUAUCACCACUUUAUCUACGGUGGGGUUUAUUUCUUAUUGACUGAAUCAAAGUGUAUAGGGCCUAUAGAACUUUUCAGAAGUAUGAAAAUGCAUGGGUGUCAUGGGUACUUCCCCUCCCAACCACUCUACCCUCUCUCAGAGUCUCUCCUCCCGAAUCCCAAUGCCAAGCCCCCCCCCCCUCCUACACACACACACAUACACACACCUACGGAUGCACUGAUGGUCUGUAUUGCCAGUGGCACCUUCAUUUUGUUUUUGGCCUAGUCAAGGUGUUUUCCUCGGAGUUUGUUAGCGAGGUGGAGAUUGCUGUUCUCCUGAAACUUAUGUAACUCCACAAUGUACCGCCAUUCGAUCCUGUCACUUCCUGUGUACACUACACUCAAAUCCCAAAGACAGUUGCAGAAAUUCUUUAAAAGAUGGCAUGCAUCGAACAUCAUGUUGAUGGUCUUUGGUUCAGUGGGAUGUUGAAUGUCUGUGCAUUUUGUCAUGUUUGAUGACACAUCCUAAGCGAGUUGCAGUCGAUUGGUUGUUAAAGGCUCCAUUGCAGACAACAGCAACAUAUAAAGACAUCUGAGCUAAAAAUAGAUGAUGCAAUGAAAGAAAACAGAUCACUGAACUGCCUGAUACUGACAGAAGCAGUGAUGAGUUGUUUAAAUUCAUUCGUGCAAUAGAAAAUGUAUUCCAAACACAGACUAUAUACUGUGCAUAUAUAGCAAGCUCAGCAUUAAGCGCUGUCUGGUUAUGGUUUCCAUUGUCACUAAUAUCCUAUACAUUACAUCAUACAUUUUAGUCAUGAGCAAGGUUACAGUAGCAGCUUAUCUUUAGUUGCUCCCAUCCAUCAUCAUCCCUUAAAAAAUAUAAUUGAUGAUACUGUUAUAUUACAAUGGAUGUGCACAGGCUAUGACUGUAAGUCAGUGUCAAGAAUCUUCCACUUUCAGACUAAUCAGAUGUUUGCUGGUGAUGUAUUAACUGUAGAGAAAGUCUCUAAGGUGUUAAUCCAGAAAGGGACUAGGGGUUUCUCAUGCUUGCACUUUUAAGAGAAUCUCUUUGGAUUAAAACAUGUUCAAAUCUAAUAAAACACCUUCCUUAAUUAGAGCAGGGUACAUGCCCACUCACAUGUAAUAUGUAAACAAACUUUUUGGCCAACUCAAACAUGGCCGCGAACGAACUCAAAAGUUUCCGUGUCAUGUAACCUUGUACGGUCUUCUGUCUAAAAAGGAGAUAACUCUAUGAUAUAGCCCUAUAGGAAUUUGUAAACCUACAAAAUCCCUCUUAAGUUCUUCAACAGUUAUAAAAUGUCUUUCCAAUGCAUUUCAAAAUACUUGUGGAGGUGGGUGCGGGCAUGUGUUUGCCUGUUUAAUCAUGAGUUCAAAUGCAGCAGGGGGGGGGGGCGCUGAAAAAGUCUUCUUCAGUAAAGCCGUUGUGUCUAUCAAUGACCCUGGCUGCUGAGUGAAGUCUGGUAGCCAUUCAGCUUCAUAAAGGCCCUUGUUCAAACUUGUCAUAAAACUCCCACCUCAAGUCUGUUGUGGCGACACCCCCCUUGGGCUAUGCCCUCCCUCCUCUUUAAGUUUAAAUUUCAGUACCACUUUGCUUUUCUCCCUCCCUGGUCCUUUUGAGGUACCCAAAACGUCUCCUCUGCCUCUUCUCGAUCUAGGCCUACUUGUGGAAGGUCCUGGCUGCUCAUUAUCACUUCUCUCACUUGAUUCAGAUGAGGCAGGCGGUGUCAUCGGUAGCCUUGUGGUUAGGCUACCACACCCAUAAUCGUGAGACUACGAGUUUGGGGGUUUGAGUCUCUGCUCAACCUGAAGUAGAGUCUUUGGGAAAGGCACUUAAUUAAUCAGUUUCAUUCAGUUUGUGUCACAAUCAUCAUAGUUUCUCCAAUAGGUAGGGCAAUGCCCACUUUUGGUGUUGGUCAAGAUUCCUGAAAUCUGGGUUAGCCCGCUUGCCCUUAAAAGCGACCAUAUAUAGUUACCCCACAAUAGCAAGUUUUGGUACCGAUAAUGAGUUUUGCAUAUAGUCAAUAUUUCUGCCACAUAUUUUCAACUCUCCGUCAGGAAAAGAAAUAGAAAAAAAAUAUUUUGAGGGCUAUUACUGUUGAUAUUAAAACAAUGUAUGUGUACAUUUGCUUGCCAAAGCAUUUUUUUCUGAUUUCAUUUAUAUUAUUAUUAUUAUGUGGAAAUUACAAAGUUUUAAACAUGUUUUAUCUCUGUAUUCACUGAUGAAAGAAAAUUGUCAUUAAAAAAUACCUUCACAUACAUUAUAUGUGUGAAAUAUAUGUGUUUUAAUAAAACAUUUUCAUAUUUAU